CUUAGACUACCAGUCUGGAAGUGAUUGAACCUUCAAGUAUCUUGCUUCUCUACACGAGGUCAACGCGCCAUCAGCUGCUUGUUGUAUCGACAUGGCGGCUCGCCUCUUUGUCUAUAAUCACAUACCAAAGAAUGUUCUCCUUAUCUGGCUUAGUCUGAUAUGCCUUCCAUUCUCAACCAUUCUCAUCAUAGUCGGCUCUUUCCUAUCCAAAGUGUUUGGGGGCUCUCGGCGUUCGCCAGAAUAUGAAGCAUACUCUCCCAAGACCAUUCUGGUGACUGGCGUUUCGAUGACCAAAGGCCUAACAAUUGCGCGCACUCUUUACCGCAACACACCCCAUCGCAUCAUUGGUGCCGACAUCGAGCCGGUACGAUUUGCCUAUUCGCCAGGCCGCUUUUCUAAAUCAAUUGAGAAAUUCUACCGACUAGAUGUCCCAGAUGGCGAUGAUACUGAUCCUUAUGUUGACUCCCUCCUAUCUGUCAUCCAUCGAGAGAAUGUGGAUCUGUGGAUCAGUUGUUCAAGUGUGGUAGCAGCUGUUGAAGAUGGCGAAGUGGUGAGACUCGCGGAGAAAGAGAUGGGUCCUUCGUUCAAGGCAGUCCAAUUCCGGGAAGAUUCUGUAGAGAUGCUACAUGCGAAAGAUGCGUUCAUCGACUACCUCAAAAGCCUUGAUCUACCAGUGCCGGAAAGCCAUAGAUGUACGAGUGCAGCACAAGUCCAAGGAAUCCUGGCCGAAGCAAAUCAAGAGCAGUACGGGGUGAUCCGACGGUGCGAGAAGAAGAGGUUCAUACUGAAGCCCAUAGGCAUGGACGAUCUGGCGAGGAAUAGCAUGAUGACUCAACUCCCGCUGGAAUCCUAUCAAGCAACGACAAAGCAUUUAGCAAGUCUCAGUGUAUCAAAAGAGAAUCCGUACAUCCUGCAGCAAUUCAUCAAGGGAAAGGAGUAUUGCACACAUGCGUUGGUCGUACGCGGUAGAGUCAAACUCUUCGUCGCCUGUCCCAGCUCAGAGCUACUCAUGCACUACAGUGCGCUUUCACCCGCGAGCAAACUUAGUAGGGCAAUGUUGCUGUUCACUGAACGUGUUGCAAAGGACGGAGGAGAGGAUUUCACGGGACACCUGAGCUUCGACUUCCUGAUUGAUGGCGAGGGAGACGAGUUCAGGCUGUGGCCGAUCGAAUGCAAUCCUCGGGCGCAUACCGCGGUUGUACUUUUCGAGAAUGCAUCAGAGAUGGCGGCAAGCUAUCUCAGUGUUUUCGACAGGAGCAUCGAGCCCAAGACCGCAAAUAGCAACCCUGUCGUUCCUCGACAACCGCCCUAUAAUUAUUAUUGGAUCGGCCAUGACUUGGUAACCUUACUGAUUGUUCCGCUUCUGGAAUUCGUAACUGGAUAUAGGUCUUUCCUGUCAGUCUUGAGGAAGUGCGCUAGCUUUUGGUUCCAUUUCUUCUUCUGGAAGGAUGGCACUUUCGUAGCAUGGGAUCCGCUCCCAUUUUUCGUCCUGUACCACGUGUAUUGGCCUGCGCAAUUCCUGCAUUCCAUCUUGCAUGACAAGCGCUGGAGUCGUAUUAAUGUUAGCACAACAAAGAUUUUUGCAGCAUGAAGCAAGCUUGAGUAGACACUAUUGUAUCGAAGCUCACUCGCCCCAUAACAACUAUACUUCGUGCAACAGGGUAUAUGUUACAUAAUGU